AUGCAUCAAGCAAUAACACAGACGGAUAAAAAGUUGACACCACUAAACCUUUCAGAAACAUCUUUAAACCCUGAGGCAAAGAUAACCCCAAUGCAGGAUCUGGUUGGCCAAUGGAAAGCCAAACCACUACAUGGUCGGUAUAGGAGCCGCAUAGACGACAACGCCAUUGACACGAAGGCUUCCCAAGGAUGGUUGCAGUCAGGUAAUCUGUUCCUGGAGACGGAGGGCUUCAUAGCCUCCAUCCAGGAUCAGAAGCUACAACGAUGGAUUGAAAAACCUCUACAUGGGAGACAUGCAAACGAGAUUAGCCAAGAAAACGUUGACAAGAAAGCGUCAAACUAUUGGCUUACCUCAGGCCAAAUGUUCCCUGAGACUGAGGGAUUCCUUGUAGCUAUACAGGACCAGGUCAUCCCUACCAACAAUUACAAGAGGUUCAUACUUAAGAACUUGCAACAGUCUGAUAAAUGCAGGUACGGCUGUCAGGACUCCGAAACACACGUAACUGGUGGAUGCCAAGCAUUCGCUCCAACGGACUAUAAGGAGCGCCACGACAUAGCUGCCAAAAUCAUUCACCAGGAGUUGGCAUACAAAUUAAAACUGACCGAAUGUAAGCUACAGUACUACAAAUAUACACCGCAAUGUGUCCUCGAGAACGACAAGUAUAAACUAUACUGGGAUCGCACUGUGCUUACGGAUCAAUACAUAAAACAAAACAGACCUGACAUAAUCAUUGUCGACAAGGGCGCCCAGAAAGUAACACUGAUUGAUGUGGCCAUACCUAAUAGUAACAAUUUAACAUACAAAAAUAAUGAGAAAGUUGCAAAAUACAGGGAGCUAGAAUUUCAAAUUAAACGCCAGUGGAAAAUGAAGUACGUGGAAACAAUACCAAUAAUAAUGUCAUCUACAGGGGUGAUACCAAGAAGCCUGCUAGAAAACAUCAAAGCACUGGAACUGAGUGAAAACAUUCACAAAAUCAUACAGAAAGGAGUUUUGCUGGCAACUGCCCGCAUAGUAAGAAAAUUUAUGGGAAAUGCAAGUACCUAG